CGAGGGCGACAGAGAGCGCCGGGCGGCUCUUUCUUUCUGCAGCCUCCCGCUCGCCGGGUGAGGAAGGAGGCUCGCGGCGCGCACUGGGCGCCCGGCGGCGGCUGCCCGAGCCGACCUGGCAUGCACGGCGAUGCUGCCCGCCGAGCGCUGAGAGCGAAGAAAGAAGAUCGGCGGGAGCGAGGCGGAGGCGGCGGCGGCGGCGGCAUGAUCUCAGCAGGGAGCCCCUGGCCCCGCAGCCCCAGGCUCCACUGACCGCCUCGCGGCCUCCCCAGCCCGGGAGGAGGAGGGGGCGGAGGCUGCUGCGCGCGGCGGCGGCGGCGGCAAGAAAAGGCGCCGCUUCUCCGCCGACCAAGGGAUCCCCAGGCCGAGCAAGGGCGCCGCGCGGAUGGAUUGAUGAGCGGGACCCUCAUGCACACACCGCGCAGGACUUUGGCCAACUUUCCCACCACCACCACCAGCGCCUCCUGCUCCUCGUCGUCGUCGUCGUCCGCCUCCCGCCCGCGAUUGUCCUGCCGCCGGCCGCGAUGGUGGCAGCCCGGCCAGGAGGAGGAGGAGGAGCAGCAGCAUCGGCAGCAGGCGGGCGGCGCUGGCGGGCGGCUCUGCUCCCGCUGCCCGGCGCCGUGGCGCUGCGGCUGGGGCUGCUGCUGCUGGUCGCCGCUUCCCCUCCGCCGGGGGCUCACGGCCGGCGCUUGAUCUGCUGGCAGGCGAUGCUGCAGUGCCAGGAGGAGCCCGACUGCAGCUACGCGUACAACCAGUACGCCGAGGCGUGCGCGCCGGUGCUCAUGGCCGCGGGGGACGGCGCGGUCGCUGCUGCUGCGGCUUCGUCGCCGUCCGGUAGGCGGCGGUGCCCGAGCCACUGCAUCUCGGCGCUCAUCCAGCUCAACCACACCAGGCGGGGCCCGGCGCUGGAGGACUGCGAUUGCGACCAGGACGAGAACUGCCGCGCCACCAAGCGCGCCAUCGAGCCGUGCCUGCCUCGGACCAGCGGAGGAGGAGGAGGAGGCGGAGCAGGAGGCGGCGGCGGCGGCGGCGGGGCGGGCGGCGUGAUCGGCUGCACGGAGGCGCGGCGGCGCUGCGACUGGGAUAGCCGCUGCAGCACGGCGCUGAGCCGCUACAUGACCUACUGCGGGAAGGUCUUCAACGGCGUGCGCUGCACCGAGGACUGCCGCGCCGUCAUCGAGGACAUGCUGGCCGUGCCCAAGGCGCUGCUGCUCAACGACUGCGUGUGCGACGGCCUCGAGCGGCCCAUCUGCGAGUCCGUCAAGGAGAACAUGGCGCGCCUCUGCUUCGGCGCCGACGCCGUGGGACCCGGCAGCAGCGGCGCCUCCGACGGCGCCAUGGACGACUACUGGGAAGAGGAGUACGACGAAGAGCUCGGGCCGCGGGGAAGGGACGACCUGGACGACGUGGCGGCCGUGGCCGGAGCCGGGUCGGAAGCCGCCUCGCCCAGGAAGCCCAAGGACGGCUGCCCGGCGCGCGCGGCUCAGUGGACGCUUUUCGCCAUGGCCUCCAUCUUGCUGCUGCUGCUGCUGUCGUAGCCAUUUCCAGCCCGGCGCUCUUGAGGGGCGCUCGAGGAGGCCGGGCCGGGAGAGGGUCGAGGAGAGGGAGGGAAGGAGCCUGUGCUCGCCACAGGGCCCUGGCUCGCCUCCGUCUCCUGGCUUCGGGGGGACGGGUCUUGGGCACGGAGAAAGGAGAGCCUCACCCCGAGCAGCGGGCCUCUCUUCUCUCCCCCCCCCCCAGCCUUGUAUUCAAGCAGUGUGCCUUAUUCUGCACAUCCAAUAUGCCUUUGGUUUUGAUGGGGGUCCCCUUCGUGUCCUCACUGGGCCCUGUUGCCUUGCCAGACUAGUUCAGUUGGAACAGAUGCUGGGCUGGAUGUGUGGUUUCUUUGCGCUGUGGUCAUUCCUUCCUUCUGUCCUCAUCACCUCUCUCUCUAUAUCUGGGCAUUCUCCCCCUCCCACUGCUAAAAUUAUAUUUGAAAAGGAUAGGGCCAUUGAAUCAGAAUCCCUUUUUUUGCAAACGUUUAGCCACUUUGUACAUCAGAUCCCUGAAUUGUGGUAUUUGUUACUGAGCCCUUUUGGUUCCAAGCCUUCCAUGCAUGUCCAAAUAAGUGUGCUUAGGAUUGCAGCCUUAGAGAUGUUUUACUCGGGGCAUUUUUUCCCUGCGGGGCUGUAUGAAGCGACCUGAAUAUGCCUGUCAUAUACAAAGAUUGUGCAAUCCUUUCUUCCCUGUGUACAAAUCACUACCAGUUGCAGCUUCCUAAUCUUUCCCCUGUACAUGCAGGAAAGUACGUGGCAGUGUGUAUAAUGGUUUGUUCCCCCCCCCCAUACACACACUUUGCCCCUGCAUACAGCCAUGUAAGGGGAAAGGCGUGAUUCACCCCUCGCUGCACUAUGCAAGUUUGUUGCUACUCUGCUCCUUAGAAGCAAGAAAACGAAUUCACAAUAAAUGUGUAGCGGCAAAACCAACUUGCAAAUAGCAAAUGUUUGCUCUCCGCCCCCCCCCCCCAAGCUGUAGACAUGAAGGUAAGAAAGAGUUAGGCUUCCCUAGAGUGCCUUCGAAAAUGCUGCUUUACAGAGCUAGCCAGCAUCUUGAAAUGGAGUCCUUUCUCUCCUCCCAUUCACAGCAUUCAUCAUGAUGCCUAAAAGAAGAUGCAAACUUUGAUUUCUGUUAACUGGGUGUGUGCUUGAGUGGAGGAGACUUGAGUACUGUAUAUGUGAGGGUUUUCUAACACCUUUUCUCAGGGUUGUUUUGAACAUUAGCGGUAGGGACUUUAUUCUGUGUUAAGGUAUGAAAAACCCAUGUAGUUUAGUCAUGUGUGAGGAUUGCACAUCCUUUCAUUUUCAUGGUGCGUGUAUGCUGGGAAGCUAUAGUUCUGGUUUUCCAGUAAAAUAGAUGUUUGUAUCAACUUCACACAUAGCUUUCAUGCUUUCUCCUACCCCAUAAUGUUCAAAGUGGCCCUUGCACCACUCAGAAUUGCAAUGCAAUACAAUACAAUUCAUCAGCAAUUUUCUCUUGCCUCAACCUAGUAGGGAAAAAAAUGCUGAUUUGUUGGCUACAUCAAAACAAUGCAACCAUUGUCUUAAAAGAGCUCUGCACUGCCAUCUUCAAAAGACACUUUUAAAAUUCAAGAACUUGUAUCUGCAAACAUCACGAAAAGUUAUAUUGCCUCUAAUCCUAUCAGGGGGCUAACCUCUGGUAAAUCUUAUAUAAAAUGUAUUUAAAACUGGGAUUUGUUACCAGUCGUUUUCACAUGUAUAUAGAAAUUUAUAAAUUGUAUACUUGGGAAUAAUUUAUUUUUUAAGAAAUGAAAGAUUUAAAUGCACCCCAAUUGCAAGAUAAAUGCAUCUGCUAUUCUUUUGUUGCAAAGGUACAGAUCUCAUUUGAUAUGUAAAGGGAUACAAGCAACAGUAAUUCCCAUGGAAAAAUGCUAGAUCAAAUGUACAGUGUAUUUUAUAGAUUUGGAGUUAACAUCUGGAUUGUUUGGAGAGACUUGAUGAACUUUGUAGAAUUGUAUAAAUGCCUCUCCGAACUGCCUUGAACAUUGUAUUUUUAUAGAAUGUGUGAAAAGGUCCCAUGUCUUAAGUAUCUAUUGCUUGUGUAUUUUUAUGUGUAAAUUAGUAAAGAGAGAUUUUUAAAGAAUA